UUUUUUUCUUCUUCUUCUAUUUUGGAGAAGAAAGCCACCAAAAAACUUCUCCUCACCGUAAUGCAUUUGGAUGGAAAAACAAAAAAAAAACAUCCACAAUAAGUAUACAAGGAAGUGAUUAUAAGCGAAAUUAUUAGGGAUUUUUUAUCCAAACCUAUAGUUGAAGGGACAUCGAUUACAUUUGCUCGUUCAGUUUUCGCUAAAACCGUUGUCUAACAUGGAAGUGACGACUAUUCUUCAUCUUCCAUUGCAACCUUCAUUCUCCGUUGAUUUCUCUGUAAAGUUCUCUUGCUUAACCUCAAACUCCACACCUCUUUUCAAGUGUUAUGCUCAUUCAACUCCAUCGCUGUUAGGACAAAUUGCAGGGAAUUGUGCUGAGGCUGCAAAGAAUGAGAAUGCCUCUGGAAAAUUACUUCAUUUGACUAGGUGGGAUGCACAGCAGGCUGCUUUGCCAGCUGGUAAUGUUAUUCUACCUAAGGCAAAAGGAGAGAGGUCAACUAAUUUCUUGGAAUUCAUUGACCAAUGUACAAACAUAAUGCAGCUAAAGCAAAUACAUGCUCACAUGCUCCGCACAUCCCCCUUUUGUGACCCAUAUAUUGCCAGCAAAUUACUGACAGCCUAUGCUCUCACAUCAUUCUCGUGCCUCAGAUAUGCUCAAAAUGUGUUUGAUCAAAUCCUGCAGCCAAAUCUAUAUUGUUGGAACAUCCUUAUUCGUGCUUAUGCCUCCAGCUCAGAACCAACGCAUAGUUUCUUGAUCUUUUUGCAUAUGCUAUAUUCCUGUUCAGAGUUUCCAAACAAAUUCACUUUCCCUUUUCUCUUCAAGGCAGCCUCACAGCUCAAAACUUUGCAUCUUGGAAGUGUUUUACAUGGAAUGGUUAUUAAGGCAUCCUUGGCUUCAGACUUGUUCAUACUUAAUUCACUAAUACAUUUCUAUGGUUCAAGUGGGGCUUCGGAUUUGGCCCAUAGAGUUUUCACCAACAUUCCAGGAAAAGACAUUGUUUCUUGGAAUGCUAUGAUAAAUGCCUUUGCACAAGGGGGCUUGCCAGAGAAGGCAUUGCUUUUGUUUGAGGAAAUGGUGAUGAAAGAUGUGAAACCAAAUGUUAUCACCAUGAUUGGUGUUCUUUCAGCUUGUGGCAAAAAGUUAGAUUUGGAAUUUGGAAGGUGGAUCUGUUCAUAUAUUGAAAGGAAUGAGAUUCCUGUGGACUUGACUUUGAAUAAUGCAAUGCUUGACAUGUAUGUCAAAUGUGGGAGCAUUCAUGAUGCAAAAAAUUUGUUUAAUAGUAUGCCAGAGAAAGAUAUUGUCUCUUGGACAACAAUGCUUGAUGGUCAUGCCAAAUCAGGAAAUUUUGAUGAGGCUCACCUUAUCUUUGAUGCAAUGCCUCAUAAAGAGGCCGCUGCUUGGAAUGCCCUGAUUUCUGCAUAUGAACAGAAUGAUAAACCUAGGGAGGCUUUGUCUCUCUUCCAUGAAAUGCAGCUCAGUAAAAAUGCAAAACCAGAUGAAGUUACUCUUGUUUGUGCGUUGUGUGCUUGUGCCCAGUUGGGGGCAAUAGAUUUUGGUAGUUGGAUUCAUGCAUACAUAAAGAAGCAUGAUAUUAAUCUAAACUGUCAUGUAACAACCUCUCUCAUUGACAUGUACGCUAAAUGUGGAGAUCUAGAGAAGGCAAAGGAGUUAUUUUGCUCAGUAGAAAGGAAAGAUGUGUAUGUUUGGAGUGCCAUGAUUGCUGCCCUGGCAAUGUAUGGUCAAGGGAUAGCGGCCUUCGAUUUGUUCUCAAGCAUGUUAGAAGCUAAUAUCAAGCCAAAUGUUGUGACAUUUACCAACAUAUUAUGCGCUUGUAGCCACACAGGACUGGUCAAUGAGGGAAAGCAUCUUUUCGAACAAAUGGAACCAUUAUAUGGCAUUGUGCCUCAAAUACAUCACUAUGCUUGCAUGGUUGACAUAUUUGGCCGUGCAGGUCUUCUGGAAAAAGCUGCAUCAUUUAUAGAGGAGAUGCCAAUACCACCAACUGCCUCUGUGUGGGGAGCUCUGCUUGGGGCAUGUAGCCUUCAUGGCAAUGUUGAGCUUGCUGAACAUGCUUGUCAUAAUCUGCUUGAGUUGGAACCGCAGAAUCAUGGAGCUUUUGUCCUUUUAUCUAACAUAUAUGCUAAAGCAGGGAAGUGGGAGAAAGUUUCCAAUCUAAGGAAGCUUAUGAGAGAUUCUAGUAUAAAGAAAGAACCCGGGUGUUGCUCAAUCGGGGUUAAUGGUGUUGUUUAUGAGUUUCUGGUGGGUGAUAACUCCCACCCUUUUUCUCAAAAGAUAUACACCGAGCUGGAUGAGAUUUUAGAAAAAUUGAAGUCCAUUGGUUACAAGCCAGACGUGUCUGAAAUCUUGCAACUUGUUGAAGAAGAUAACUUAAUGGAACGGUCCUUGAAACUUCAUAGCGAAAAGUUGGCAAUAGCUUUUGGUCUUAUUAGCACUGCUUCGUCUCAACCAAUUCGGAUAGUGAAGAAUCUUCGUAUUUGUGGGGACUGUCAUACAGUUGCUAAACUCGUUUCUCAACUUUAUGAUAGAGAGAUAUUAUUGAGGGAUCGCUAUCGCUUCCAUCAUUUUAGAGGAGGGAAAUGCUCAUGCAUGGAUGAUUGGUGAAUGCUGCAAUAAUUUGUAAUGUUUAGAUGGGUGAGAAUGGAGGAAAAGGGUGGGGAAGAAGACACUUUCAUUUCCCAACCGGGAUAAUUUUAUUGGUUCUGGGGUCCUGGGAAGAAAGCUCAAUAGAUCAACUAGUAAGUUUGAACUAAUGUUGCUUAUGCUCUUUAUCUCUUUUUAAGUUACAACUUGAAGUUGAUGGUUGAAGAUGUGAGAAAUCACUGGUUCUGUGCGGAACAACUGCUAAGGUGGUCUAGACUCAGGUGAAGGGUAAAUUAUGUUCUAUCUCCUUUUUAUUAAGGAUAUUCCUGAUGUGGCUAUUGGAAUGAAUGCAUUUAGAAGUCAAACAUGCAGCAAACGACUAAAAUGUGAUUGGUUUAACAUGAGGAAAACCUAGGGCAAAUGGAUUCAAAUACUAGUUUUGACUGUUUCAGAGCACUCUUUAGAGCCCCAUCUACUUCUUCUGUCAUCUGAUGAAUAAGACAAUAUGUAUUUAAGCUAGCCAUGGUUAUACAUUUUAGUAUUUUCGUCUUUUUCUUGUUGGCCCCCCCACCUUAGCUUUCGGUUUCUAAUCCGAAUUGUCAUUGCCAUCCAAUUGAAUAGCAUUCCAGUUGUCAAUGGCUUCUUGUGCAUUUUGUA